AUGCUGGUAAUUUGGACACUCUCAAUAUUGCUGGGGGCAGUGGCAGGAAGUGAAGUCUGCUACAACCAACUCGGCUGCUUCACUGAUGAUAACCCAUGGGCAGGAACUCUAAAAAGACCCUUCAAAGUCCUGCCCUGGUCUCCAGAAGAUGUCAACACCCGCUUCCUCCUGUUCACCAACGAGAACCAAGACACGUUUCAAGUAGUAACUGCAGAUUCAUCAGUUAUCAAGGCCUCCAAAUUCCAAAAGAAUAGAAAAACCCGCUUUAUUAUUCACGGAUUCAACGACAAGGCAGAAGGAAGCUGGCCGCCUGACAUAUGCAAGAACAUGUUUCGGGUAGAAAGCGUGAACUGCAUCUGUGUGGACUGGGAAAAGGGGUCUCACACCGGAUACACACAGGCUACGCAAAACAUCCGGAUUGUGGGGGCAGAAGUGGCAUAUUUUGUUGAAGUUCUUCAGUCGACUUUUGGGUACUCGCCUUCCAAUGUCCACAUCAUUGGCCACAGCCUGGGUGCCCAUGCUGCUGGGGAGGCCGGAAGAAGGCUGAAAGGCACCAUUGGACGAAUCACAGGAUUGGAUCCAGCUGAACCUUACUUUCAGGGAACACCGGAAUUAGUCCGAUUGGAUCCCAGUGAUGCCAUGUUUGUGGAUGCAAUCCACACUGAUGCUGCCCCCCUUAUCCCCAACUUGGGGUUUGGAAUGAGCCAAACUGUGGGCCACCUAGAUUUCUUUCCAAAUGGAGGAUUAGAAAUGCCCGGAUGCAAGAAGAACGCUAUGUUUCAGAUUAUUGACAUAGACUCGAUCUUGCAAGGAAUUUCUGGCUCUUUGGCCUGUAAUCACUUAAGAAGCUUCCGGUAUUAUUCUGACAGCAUUCUCAACCCUGAUGGUUUUGCUGGAUUCUCUUGUUCUUCUUACAGUAGUUUCACCGAAAACAAGUGCUUCCCCUGUUCAAGCGAAGGCUGCCCACAGAUGGGUCAUUAUGCUGAUAAUUUUCCUGGGAAAACCAAUGGAGUGGGUCGGCUAUUUUAUCUAAACACUGGUGAAGCCAGUAAUUUUGCCCGUUGGAGGUACAAGGUAACUGUCACACUGUCAGGAGCUAAGGUUUCAGGAAAAAUGCUAGUUUCUUUGUUUGGGGAUAAAGGAAACUCUAAUCAGUAUGAAAUUUUCCAGGGCUCUCUCCAACCAGGCAAUUCUUAUUCCAAUGCAAUUGACUCAAAUGUGAAUGUUGGAAAAGUGCAGAAGGUUAACUUUAUUUGGUAUAACAAUGAUAGCAGCUCAACUCUACUGGGAGCAUCCAGUGUUGUGGUGGAAAGAAACGAUGGAACUGUGUAA